CCGCCGCCGGCUUGUUGUCCGUCCCUGUUCUAUCCCGCAUCGCGACACGCGAUCGCCGCCUUUGUUUACCGUCAAACGCGCUCCUACUGCAGACCAGCUGAUUCACAGUGAUUUAUGUUCCUCAAGUUCUUUCGGUGAGAUCCUAGUUACCAGUGAGAUACAACAGUGAUUCAGUGCUAUUAGUUUUGAGUGUAGAUGGAGUAUAUCGCUAGCCCGUGAAGCGGCCGGCGCGGUGCGCGCGUCUCCGCAUAGUUCUGGUGCGAGUGGCCCGGCCAUGGCAGCCACGGCUCGCCGAGAGAUCGACACCGGCGAGGAGGACAUCGCCGCCAUCGCCAAACAGAUAUCGGAUCAUGCUGAGGCCAUUUACCAGACGUGGAAAGCGCGCGGCUUAGCACCAACAGAGAUUUUAUCUUGUAGACCUGCACCGCAAUUAAAGCUGGCGGAAAGUUUGCGAACUAAACCCAAACCGGAGCCAAAGCCGGAUUUAAAGCAAAGGCCCGAGUUUAGACGGGAACACCGACCAGAAAUAUUAAGAGAACAGAGGUCCGAAGUUAAAAGGGAACAAAGACAGGAGUCCCGACGAGAGAUACGUCCAGAGCCAGAAGGAGAAACAAUAGAAGUAAUACUACCUCCAGAUCUAGUGCCGCAAAGAAAUGGUACAGAAGGAGUAGGUGGUGGCGCUAGGCGCCCGGAUCCCGCAGCAAUGCGUCUAGAAGUAGCUCGUGAAGAAGAGCGGCUUCUCCGUGCAUUGCGUACAGGAGGAGUAGUAGCGGAACGAUCAGCCGAAAGGCCUGAUGUUGUACCGCCAAUUUCCCUUGUAGACUAUGCUAAAAGUAGAUAUCAAGAUCGGCUUGACACUGGAGCCAGAAAGCCUGCAGCCGGAGCAAGUGGCGAAAGGCGAGCUUCUCUUGGCUCUCAUGUUACUGAGGCUAGAUCUAAGUUUGAGGCACGAGCUCGUCGAGCUUCGAGUGCUGGUGCUGGUGAAACUACAACAGCUGCUGGAGGAGCUACACCAGUGCGGCCUUUCUUAACUCGUGGUUCGGUCGCUGAAAGAGUUUUGAUGUUUGAACGAUGUCCUAGUGAAGCUACACUUGAGCUUGCUAAAAGAAAAUCUCCAGCGGCUACGACGUGGCGGGGACCCCACGAUGUCAUCAAUAAAGCACAGAAUUACGCAGCUUCAACGCCUCCGAAGCCGUCGUCUGCGCCGGCGCACACGACUCUCCAGCGCACAGUCCGGGGCGCCGCCAAUAGUGGGGCGCCCGCGCGGGUCAUCCCCCGGUUCCACUUCCCCAAGGGCCGGCCCCCGCCUGCACACCAGCAGGACCAUGCACUACAUAAAGUGCAGUCCGCCUUUGCCACAUUUCCUAAUAGUCAGGUUCCUCGCGAGAGCUUCAAGCACAUAGUGAAGGCGUGCGAGUGCCCGCUGUACUGGAAGAUGCCCCUCUUCCUCGCCACACAGCAGAGUCUGCACGCCCCAGUAGAUGGCCACAAAUUCAUUGAUUUCUGGAGAGAAAUGACUUCAAACUGCCACGACCAGGCUUCUCGGUUCGUGUACAUCCUUACCCGGGGUAAAAGCAAUACCCUGGCUCAGGAGGACUUCGUGCCGCUGGUCCAGGACGUAGUGGACACUCACCCAGGGUUGUCCUUCCUUAAAGAAGCAACAGAGUUCCACUCAAGAUAUGUGCAUACUGUGAUCGCUAGGAUAUUUUAUUGUGUAAACCGGUCUUGGUCCGGUAGGAUAUCAAUCCCUGAGCUGAGGAGGUCAAAUCUUCUCCAAGUCAUCCAAUUGUUGGAAGAUGAGGAGGACAUUAACCAAGUCACACAAUACUUUAGUUAUGAGCAUUUCUACGUAAUCUACUGCAAGUUCUGGGAGCUGGACAGAGACCACGACUUGUUCAUUGACAAACAUGAUCUCGCGAGACAUAACGAUCACGCAUUAUCGAGUCGUAUGAUCGAGCGAGUUUUGUCCGGCUGCGUGACGAGGGGUAACCAGAACAGACUGACACCUGAUGGUGAACCCAGGAUGUCCUACACUGAGUUCGUGUGGUUCCUCCUAGCUGAAGAAGACAAGACUCAUCCCACUGCCAUCGAAUACUGGUUCAGAUGUAUGGACGUAGACGGCGAUGGAUACAUAUCCAUGUACGAGUUGGAGUACUUCUAUGAGGAGCAGAUGCAGAGGAUGGAAGCCAUCGGUAUUGAGACAUUGCCCUUCAACGACUGCUUGUGCCAGAUGCUGGACAUGGUCCACCCAGCGGAGGAAGGCAAGAUCACCCUCACUGACCUGAAGAGGUGCAAGCUGACUCCAAUAUUCUUCGACACCUUCUUCAAUUUGGAGAAAUACCUGGACCACGAGCAACGUGACCCCUUCGCCACACAGAGGGACUCUGAUUGCGAGAUGUCGGAAUGGGAUAGGUUUGCAGCUGAAGAAUAUGAACUGUUGGUGGCUGAGGAGGGUGGCAGCGACGCGCAGGAUCAAAUCUCUUACGAUGAAACAGACGAAGGUCUUUCUCCCAACAUGGAUGACUACACUAACACUGAGGUCGUCGAGGACUCCAGCGUGGAAGAAUCGACUUUAAGCGAGGGUGGGCCCUUAUGGCGCGAACCAACCAGCGCGGGCUUUGUUAAUCUUAGCUCAAUAUACUCCAUUGGCGGUAACGACAAAUGGGCUAAUCAACCGAACAAAAAUGGCUUCCCAGAUAAAAAACUCCCUGAGAAACCUGUCCCACCCGAAAAACCUGUCAGCCUCAUGAUGGUCAAUGGAAAGACGGACAAUAGAUACGCCGGCUUCGGUAACAACAGCUUUCUAUACUCCCAUUUAUUAACUGGCGGCGCUCGAGCCAAAGAUCCACCUUCGUACACGGCAGCGACAAGCGGGGCACUAUUCGAAAAAGAAAGAGCGACGUCUCCUAAACCUAAAUCACCAGUAACUAGUCCCGUUAAUGGAGUUAAUAAAAUAUCUGAUAAUUAUGAAAGAGCUGUCGCUGAAAGACUCAGUCCUCAACGGGAAACCGCUAGAAACCGCAGUAGUCUGUUCAGCAAAGUGAAUACUGGCAUCGUUUCUAGUAAAAUUAAAAAGAAUAUUCGAAACGACGAAGACGACGAGGAUUAUGCGCGCGAUAGUGAUGAGUGCUCUAUAUAGGUCCCGACUACUUUCUCAGUGAACACCAAAGAUAAUGUGCAAUUCGUAAAGCGGUAGGUACUCAUUAGUAACCAAGUAACACUUGUUGUGUUUGAACAGAGAAAUAUUUUUUCAGCGUAUCCUAGUGGUCGAUACGUGCCUUGUGACAGUGUAGCAGUAGACGAACCGAGUGAAUUUAGCCAAGUGACUUCGGAAGACGUAAUACUAGACUAGUUGCAGCAUUUCAUUAGUAUAGUAUUUGUGUAUUAUGAGAAUUAACCAGUGUUCUUUUGAUGAUUGUUUAUGUGUCAAUAUCUAAAGCAUAUCAAUCAAAUUUGUUUUCAUUUGCAUGGAAACUUUGUAUAUUGUCAUUAUAUGUUCUUUGUUUUAUCACCUAGAAUCAUUCGUCAUAAUAAAACGAUUAUUCUAUAUUCAUCCGUCAUUAAAGGAAACAUUCAUAUCAUCACUCCCUCCAGUCCAAAUUAACAUAAAUUUAAAUUUCUUAACAUACUCCCAAGUUGAUUUAGGGAAAAUGCAAUAUUACUCAACCAUGUCUAAAACACUAUGACCACACAAAUAUUCGAAAGACCAAGUAACAAUAUUACAAAAAGAUCAUAUUUGUAACAAAAAUAUCAUUAACUCGUACAUAAUCGUCCAUAACGCUUUAUUUAUUAAUUUAACAAAACAAAUCAGUACGAUAAUCACGCACAGAAUAUUUAGUUUAGAAUAGUUAAACUUGUAAUGAGUAUUUUUGAUAACGGACCGGCAGAUAUUUUGUAAAAGCCUAUGGAAUACUUGUUCCAGGAUUGAGUGGUGUCAAAUUUAUAAUAUAGUGUAGAAAACGAAAAAAAUAAACGUAAGUUUAACGUAUUAUAGUAGAGAGAACACAUAGUACGUGGCAGAUCAAACAUUUCAAGUGAAUGGUUCCAAAAUGUUAUCUCAGUUAAAGGACUACCAAUCCUUGCAACAACAAUUUUCGGAUAAUGUUAUUCAUAUGAACAAGAUAUCAAAUGAAAGCAAUAAUAUCCUAAGUAUAUGCGAACAAUGCAGUUGUGAAUAAUGAGUUCAUGAUGUGAUGCCUCUCUUAUCCGCCAUUAUCAACCUAACAUUAUCCGAAUCUUGGCAAUAAAAAAACAAAUGUAUACAACAAAAAGUAUACAGUAAGGAACAUGAAAAUGCCGUAAGUAGCGACUACCUCGAGUAGUAAAGUUGAAUAUCUGACUACCAUAUACCUUGAAAAAUUAAUAGAUUGGCCUUAAGGUUCGUAACCACUUACGUAAAAACAAAGUGCUCGUAGUAAAAGCUGUAUAAUAAGCUUCUAGAUAAUGCUAGGUAGAUGUUACCCUUUACUCUAGUCUUCCGGUGCUGACGCCGAACUGGCCAUCUGCCAAUAUAUUAUGAAAAGUCAACACACAUAAAAACGCAACUUUUAUCAAAUUCAAAUACAUGGGGUCAAUUGGAUGCCAUAAAGUUUAAUGGCAUAAGUUUGGAUCUUUUCACGUAAGCUUUCAAAGUGAAUCCAUAAGCGAAAGAAUGAUACAUAGGUACUCCGAUUUCUGAUAUCUGUCGACUUAGAUUCUUCCACCAGGCAUGUGCUACAAGUAUGAUACGAAGAUGUGUUAAGCUAAGCUUGGAAACAAUAAUGAUUGUUUUCACUAAAACUGUAAUUUUCUUUGUGUAUUAUAAAGUGCCGUCGAGUGAAAAAUAUCGAAGAGGUGGCAAGGCUUACUUAAAAUAGCAUAGCAAUGAAAACUGAAUAUGUACUAAGUACCUAUGUAUUACAUAUCUAAACUUCGAAACAUAGCGCAGCACAUUUUUUGUUGGGAAAACAGAGAAACGGUUGACCAAACCAAAACAUACUCGCCUAGUAUUUUCAAAAUGUCUUAAAGUAUGUUAUUGAAAUGAGUUAUGUAAGUAUAUGUAUAAUUUCGUUGUUUAAUCGUGAGUUUAUCUCACCAUCGGUAAGCUAGUAAUUUCCUUGUGGGUUUGUGUUAUUAUAAAGGAAAUGAUUUCUAUUUUGUAGUUUCAAAAACUAAAUUAUGAUGUAAUCGUACAUUUAAAAUUUAUGUGCCUCAUCUAAACAUUUAAUCAAAAAAUAGACCUAACGUUUUUUAAUCUUAAGUAUUUCUAUUAGGCACUUCUUUCUUACUAAUAUUACUAGUCAAUUUCUAUAUCUAUAUACCUAUCUUCAUUUAUAAUCCUCAACCGAACUUAUUUUACCAAGUAUUAACCAAAAUGAUUGUUCACAUUGUUAUGAAUUUUAUUAAUACGUUGUGUACUGUUAUCUUAGUAUAAUUUUAUUGAAUUUUAUGGUAUGUUUUAAAUACCUACCAAUUUGAGCUUAGCUAUUUAAAGUUGAAUAAUUUAGUCCUAAUUUAGAUGUUAGGUCUUUAUACUUAAGUUACCGAAUAUAAUGGCGAUUAGUAAGUACCUACCUACCUACCUUACUUGGUGUUUUUAACUGACUUGGUUUUGAGGUUUCGAUGAUUAAGCAAAUGUAUUAAACUUGGCCUAUUUUAACUACUUAUUUUUCUUUCUAUUCAUGUUUUAAAAUCUACAGAUAAAAAUUUUACUCAAAGUCUUCUCAACGUAACAAUUACCCUUUUCUUCGUUGUAGAAGAUAGGUACUAUGUACUGGCAUCAGUAGAAAUGGUAGUUUUGGUAUUAGCUUUUUUAUGCUAUUUCCGUCAUUAGAAGCUGCAUUUGUUUAUGCAGAUUUUUGCUAUUAAAAGACCAAUCAAUUGAUAAUAAAAUAUUUGUGAUUAUUGGCUAUUGAAAUAUGGAUGCUUCCAGUUUAAACCCCAAGCCAUUAUGAAAAUAGUGCCAUUAAAUACGUAUUUAUGGGAGUUGAAUGAAAUGGUACGCUCGCAUUCGAAAGUAUUUUUAUCUCAUUAAAAAAUAUAAGGCAAAGUUGUUAUCCUUUCACGUAGCGGUCAGUUAUGGAAUCUGCAUUUGUAAAUUGUUUUCGUAUCAUAAGAACACGAAUGGAUUUUAUUAAUUUAUUGAUUACGAAAAGCCUAAUAUUAUUGUAGAAAUUUUAACUUAAUUUGUUAAACGGUUUACUGUAUGUUAUAUUUAAUAAUCGUAUAGUAUUAUUAUAUAGUAUCUAUCUACCUAUCACUUUUUUGGUAUUGUGUAGUUAUGCUACCAACCAUGUUUUAACAGUGUUUAUACCUUAACGAAUUUAACGAGUGUUUUAGUUACAACAGAAUAGACUUCAGCCUUAGAGAAUCAAUAACUUUAUGUUUAUAGUCGAGUAGGUGAUGCAUACAAAACCGUAAUUUUAAGAUUUUUUUACAAGAAAUACCCAGUUAUGAUCGUGGUGUGUUGAAGAAUGACGGUGGUAUUGUUAAGUAUCCUAAUAAAGUACAUUAUUGUAUUA